ACAUGAGCAACACCGACUUCUUGGGCCGUGCCAUCGAUGUGGUCAAGAAGGCCAUUGAGCAGGACACAGCGGGCGAGUACGAGAAGGCCUACCAACUCUACUACCAAGCCCGGGAGAAGAAUGCAAAGUCCAAGGAGAUGAUCCGCGCAAAGGCUGCCGAGUACAUGGAAAGAGCUGAGAAACUCAAGAACCAUCUGGCCGAACAAGAUACGAAUCGAAAGAAACCGAGUGCUAUAGGCUCCAAUGGGAAGACCUCGAACGGUGCCGGCAAGGGAAAAGAAGACGAGGGAGACGAUCAAGACCCCGAGUCUAAGAAGCUGCGAGGCGCCCUUGCUGGUGCUAUCCUGACCGACAAGCCCAACAUCAAGUGGGAAGACGUGGCCGGUCUAGAGCAAGCCAAGGAAGCUCUGAAAGAGGCUGUCAUUCUACCCAUCAAGUUCCCCCACCUGUUUACCGGCAAGCGUCAGCCCUGGAAGGGUAUCCUGCUCUACGGCCCUCCCGGAACCGGUAAAUCAUAUCUUGCCAAAGCCGUUGCCACCGAGGCAAACAGCACUUUCUUCAGUGUCAGCAGUAGUGACUUGGUCAGCAAGUGGAUGGGUGAGAGUGAACGUCUCGUAAAGCAACUGUUCGGCAUGGCGCGAGAGAACAAACCUUCAAUCAUCUUCAUCGACGAGAUUGACGCACUCUGCGGUCCCAGAGGCGAAGGCGAGUCGGAAGCCUCAAGACGUAUCAAGACCGAACUUCUGGUGCAAAUGGAUGGUGUGGGACGUGAUUCCAAGGGAGUACUCAUCCUCGGCGCCACCAACAUCCCAUGGCAGCUCGACUCUGCCAUCCGCAGACGAUUCCAGCGAAGAGUGCAUAUUAGUUUACCCGAUACGCCGGCCAGAACACGAAUGUUUGAGCUCGCGGUAGGAUCAACACCAUGCGAGAUGAAGGCAGAGGACUUCCGGACUUUGGCGCAGCUCAGCGAAGGCUACUCUGGAAGCGAUAUCACUAUUGCAGUGCAAGAUGCUUUGAUGCAACCUGUGCGGAAAAUCCAGACGGCAACUCACUACAAGAAGGUCACGGUUGAUGGACAAGAGAAGCUCACGCCAUGCUCACCGGGCGACCAGGGGGCAACGGAAAUGACAUGGAUGGACGUCGAGACGGAUCAGCUUCUAGAGCCCCCACUCAUGGUCAAGGACUUUGUCAAGGCAAUCAAGGCUUCAAGGCCUACGGUCAGUCAAGAAGACCUCAAGCACAAUGCCGAGUGGACUGCAGAGUUUGGUAGCGAGGGUGCU